CUUAGAUUGCUUAAUAUUAGGUAAGCAUGAACACUUCUGCUUAAGUCUUUCCACAGCCACAUCAGCUCCAAAGUUUACUGAAUUCCAUACAGAUGGUGAGGACGAGAGGUGUCCCACUUUACAAAUACUGCCAACAACAACAAACAAAAAUCUGAGAUUUGGAUCUUCUUCCCAGUCUUUAGUAGGCCUAUCUCUGAGACAAUGAGACAUCCUCAGUUUUCUAUAAAGAAAACUUGGAUUGAGAAAACCUUUUACAAACGAGAAUGUAUCCAUAUAUCUCCUGCCAAGGACCCAACCCGGUGCGUAUGUGGUUAUCUCAUGACUCAGCACCAACAAGUCACCAACAAGCCCUCAGAAGAGAACAAGCUUGUUCAAGUGGACCCACCUCAAGAGAAAUGGUUGGUGGUCAGACAUACCCAGACCGCCCCUACAGACGCAUAUGGUACCAUUGAAUUUCAGGGGGGAGGAUUUGUCAACAAGGCCAUGUAUAUCCGGGUGUCAUAUGAUACCAAACCAGACAGCUUGCUGCAUCUCAUGGUGAAAGAAUGGCAGCUGGAGUUGCCCACUUUGCUUAUAUCCGUUCAUGGUGGCCUCCAGAACUUUGACUUGCCACCCAAAAUAAAGCAGGUAUUUGGGAAAGGACUGAUCAAGGCUGCCGUGACUACUGGAGCCUGGAUCUUCACUGGUGGAGUUAGCACUGGAGUUAUCCGGCACGUUGGAGAUGCUUUGAAGGACCACUCCUCUAAAUCCCGUGGGAAAGUCUGUGCCAUAGGCAUCGCUCCAUGGGGAAUCCUGGAGAGCAAAGAGGAUCUAUUAGGGAAAGAUGUGACCAAACCAUACCAGGCUAUUUCAAACCCUUUGAGCAAGCUUGCCGUUCUCAACAAUAGCCACUCGCACUUCAUACUGUCCGAUAACGGCACAUGUGGGAAAUACGGUGCAGAGGUCAAACUGCGCAGACAGUUGGAGAAACACAUUUCCCUGCAGAAGAUUAACACCCGUUUGGGGCAGGGUGUACCGGUGGUUUGUUUGAUUGUGGAGGGAGGUCCAAAUGUGAUCUCCAUUGCUCUGGAGAGUCUGCGUGAAGAACCACCCGUGCCUGUAGUGGUUUGCGAUGGCAGUGGCCGAGCCUCAGACAUCAUGUCCUUUGCUCACAAGUACUCAGAGGUGGAAGGACUUGUAAAUGAAGACGUAAAAGAGCAGCUGUUAGUCACCAUCCAGAAAACAUUUAACUACAACAAGACCCAGUCAGGGCAGAUUCUGCUCAUGGUCAUUGAAUGCAUGAAGAAGAGAGAGCUGAUAACAGUCUUUCGAAUGGGUGCUGAGGGACAAGAUGACAUUGAAAUGGCCAUCCUCACUGCGUUACUGAAAGGCACAAAUGCAUCCGCUCCAGAUCAGCUGAGUCUGGCUUUGGCUUGGAAUAGAGUGGACAUAGCACGCAAUCAAAUAUUUGUGUAUGGACACAACCUACCGGUGAACUCUCUUGAGCAGGCCAUGAUGGAUGCUAUAGUUCUAGACAGAGUGGACUUUGUCAAACUACUCAUAGAAAACGGUGUAAACAUUCAUCAUUUUCUAACCAUCCCUCGAUUAGAAGAGUUAUACAACACUAAACUUGGACCUGCCAACACUUUACAUAUAGUAGUCAGAGAUGUUAAAAAGGUAAAGCUGCUAACAUUUGUUCUUUUGAUUUCAAAGGGGAACCUCCCACCAGAUUACCAAAUCACAUUGAUUGACAUUGGACUGGUGGUGGAGUACCUAAUGGGAGGGGCAUAUCGCUGUAACUACACAAGGAAAAACUUCAGAGCUCUCUACAACAACCUCUAUGGACUGAAGAGACCAAAAGCCCUGAAGCUUCUUGGAAUGGAGGAUGACGAGCCCAGACCAAAAGGUAAGAAGAAGCAGAAGAAGAAAAAAGAAGAGGAGGAGGAUAUUGACGUUGAUGAUCCCGAGGUCAGCCGCUUCCCCUACCCAUUUCAUGAGCUAAUGAUGUGGGCAGUGUUGAUGAAGAGGCAGAAGAUGGCUCUGUUCCUGUGGCAGAGGGGUGAGGAGGGCAUGGCUAAAGCUCUGGUGGCCUGUAAGCUCUACAAAGCCAUGGCUCACGAGUCUUCUCAAAGUGAGAUGGUGGAUGACAUCUCCCAGGACCUCGAUAACAACUCCAAGGAGUUUGGAACCUUGGCUUAUGAGCUUCUGGAUCAGUCUUACAAACAUGAUGAGCAGCUGGCCAUGAAGUUGUUGACCUACGAGUUAAAGAACUGGAGUAACUCCACAUGUCUGAAGCUGGCAGUGGCUGCAAAGCACAGAGACUUCAUCGCUCACACCUGCAGUCAAAUGCUCCUCACUGACAUGUGGAUGGGCAGCCUGAGAAUGGGCAAAAACCCUGGACUUAAGGUGAUACUUAGUCUCAUUUUCCCGCCUCUUAUCCUGCUGUUGGAUUUCCGUCUGGGUGAUGACAUGUCACAUCAAGUCUCAGCAGAUACUGAGGACAGGAUGGCCAAGGAUGAUGAUAACAAGUCCAGCCGGGAUGCCAAUGCAGAUGCAGUUUCUAAGAAAGGAGAUGAGGAAGAGGGCACUAAAAACAUGAGGCGGAUUCCUAUUGGCAGGAAAAUCUUUGAGUUCUAUAAUGCCCCUUUCACCAAAUUUUGGUUCAACACUAUUUCCUACCUUGGUUAUCUAAUGCUUUAUAAUUAUAUAGUCCUGGUGAAGAUGGAGCGCUGGCCCUCGUUACAAGAGUGGAUCGUCAUUUCAUACAUAAUCACUCUGGGCCUAGAGAAAGUCAGACAGAUCCUGAUGUCAGAGCCAGGAAAGCUCAAACAAAAGAUAAAUGUGUGGUUAGAAGAGUACUGGAAUAUCACAGACCUGGUGGCCAUCUCCACCUUCCUGCUCGGGCUACUGCUUAGGCUGCAGAAUGAACCCUACAUGGGCUACGGCCGUGUGAUCUACUGCGUGGGCAUCAUCUUCUGGUAUAUCCGGGUGCUGGACAUUUUUGGGGUCAACAAGUACCUUGGACCCUAUGUCAUGAUGAUUGGAAAAAUGAUGAUUGACAUGCUGUACUUCGUGGUGAUCAUGUUGGUGGUACUGAUGAGUUUCGGUGUGGCACGACAGGCCAUCCUCCACCCAGAUGAGGUACCAACGUGGCGCUUGGCCCGCAACAUCUUCUACAUGCCCUAUUGGAUGAUCUACGGAGAGGUGUUUGCGGAUUCGAUAGACCCCCCCUGUGGAGAAAAUUUAUAUGAUGAAGAUGGGAAAAAACUUCCACCCUGCAUUCCUGGAGCCUGGCUCACCCCUGCCAUCAUGGCCUGCUAUUUAUUAGUAGCCAACAUCCUCCUCGUCAACUUGCUCAUUGCUGUCUUCAACAACACCUUCUUUGAGGUGAAGUCCAUCUCCAACCAGGUGUGGAAGUUCCAGCGAUAUCAGCUAAUUAUGACCUUCCAUGACAGACCUGUGCUGCCUCCACCUAUGAUUAUCUUCAGCCACCUCUACAUCCUGUUCCGCAGACUCUGCUGCCGCUGUAGCAAGAAAAAAGAGGGAGAAUUGGAUGAGAAGGAUAAAGGAUUAAAGCUCAUUCUUACCCCCGAGGAGCUGAAGAUGCUUUAUGAGUUUGAAGAGCAAUGUGUGGAGGAAUAUUUCAGGGAGAAAGAAGAUGAACAACUGUCCUCAAAUGAUGAGCGUAUAAGGGUUACAAAUGAAAGGGUGGAAAACAUGUCCAUGCGCCUUGAGGAGGUAAAUGAGAGAGAGAACACAAUGAAGGCCUCCCUUCAGACGGUUGAUCUCCGUUUGUCCCAACUGGAAGACAUCCAUGGCCGAAUGGUGAAUGCCCUGGAGAGACUGGUGGGAAUAGACCACGCUGAACUGACCCGGGAACGGUCAACGGCCUCCUCUAUUUGUGACCCCUCCUCUCUCCAACGUCACAGCAGCAUAAACAGUGCUGAUGGCAAUGGUUUCAAGGUAGAGCAGCAUACAGACGAGUUAGGGCUGCAGAGGCCAAUAGUUUCUUCUAGAUACAAUAAGGAGGAAAUGGGCUUGGAAGAUGGCGAGAAGACAGCAGACAAUACAGAUAGACUGAUGAGUAACAAAGGUAAUCAGUUAAUAAUUGAAGAUGGGAUAACAAAGGAAAGAGAGCAAAACUCAGAAGGGACAACUGGCAAAGAGGGACAGCAAGAUGUAGAUCAGGUAAAACAGGAAGUCUGUAGCGAGACUGUUGAGGAAUGGGACAAAUGUGUGAAUACUGAAUUAGAGGGGACAAAGGAACCAGAAGGUGAUCCUGAAGGAGGUCUCGGAAAAGAAGAAAGACACGAGAAGAAGAAUGAAAAGGAUGAGAUGGCUAUGUAUGCAGGUGCCAGUGGUUGUGAAGUCCAAGAUGAGCAAAGUCAUCUGCUUCAGCCCAAAGAUACAGUAUUCCUCCAUGGAAGAUCUAAGAGCUGGUCCACAAAACCUUGCAAGUCCAUAGAAAACAGCUUGAAAAGGACCUAUGGAUCCAGCAGUGAGAGAGACCUUGUUGGAGCAUGUGGAGACUCUAUUGACUCUAUUGAACCUGGAAAGCCAACAGAGAAGACAACAGAGCACACAUCUUCACAUAAGCCAUAGAGUACAAAGAGCAAGUCCUAGAGUGAGUCCAAUAUAGCCCAACAGUGCCAGUCCACUUUUUCAGCCACCUUGGCUCCGGAAGUAUUUUUCCCAUUAAUUUCUUCCACAGGGAUUUUAUAAAAUCCUUCAUAAAAAGAGUUUUAAGCCAUGAACCAAACCAACCAGCUCAUCCCAUUUUUAAUAAUUGGCGGUAUGGAAUAUUUUACAGCCACAACCACACACACACAUACCUCUUUCCACCAUGUUGGUUAUGUCAGAGCCGCUUACCGGGGAAACUUUAGAAGCGAUCUCAAUACCGGCCAGCUUUUCCGAACAGUGAUCAAACUAACAACAUUAAUCCAUAACAAGCCCACAAACACACACAGCACAUUUUUGCUUACUAAAAGGCUGGAGCCAUUGUGCAAGUCCAAUGCAGAUGAAUGAGAAACAAGAUCAUAUAUACAUGUUUUGAAUCACAAUACACUAAGCCUAAGGAAUAAAGAACACUUACUCAAGCUGUUUAUGCCAAGAAAUGUCAGACUGCACAAAACAUAUAAAUAAACUUUGCUUAAGUCCAGCUCCCAUGACGGUGUAUCUUAUUCAAAAGUGAUCAACCCUAUUCCCUUCGGAGACCAUUACCCCCCACUGUGAGAGCUUUAGAUUGCUGAAAGGUGAUAACAGUCAACUCACUUUUUGAGUGAAUUUUAUUGGCAAAACUGUUUGGAAUGACCCUACGGCAUGGAUUAUGUUCCCUUCGACGUUCCCAGAGAUGGUAUGAUUAGUGAUAGUUAGAUCACAGCCGGAUGUGCUGAACAGUUGUAGGGUGUGUUCUCGUUCUAGAAAGCAUUUGAUUGAACAAGGUUUCUCAACCUCUUUGUGAUGUCAUGGAUGGUCUUUUUAGCCGGAAGAGAGAGACUGCAUAUCUUAAAGGGGUCAUAUAAUGCCAUUUUUGUACAAGUAAAUAUGAAUCUUUAGGGUCUAAAUGAAAACUUUGUAAUAUACUUUUAUUAAAAAUUCUCAUUAGUAUUUUAAGAAAACACUAAUUUUACCUGCUCAAAAACAGCUCUAUUUUCAGCACGCUGUUUCAGUGCUUAUGACUUUAAAUGAUAAUGAGCUUUGGUCACCCCGCCCCUCCGUUCUGGAGUUAUUCUCCGUAUAACUGUUUUUUUUGACAUUAGUUCUUAAUCAGUAACAUACAAGUAAACCAGGUGUAACUUAGUGUUACCAUGUUAACUUAACACCUGCGUACACAGUUUUUAAUAACACAAUAACCAUAACGCGUUGUUCAUUAUAAACGUGGGAUUAUGAAUUAUAUUGAGAACGUCGUAACGUUAUGGAAAACAUGCCGUAAUGUACCCUGAGUGUAAACAUUAGCCACAUUCAUUGUGAAGCGUGCAAGCGAUUUGCAAAGAUUAAUAUAAAGGUUAAUAAAACAUUACACUUACUUCUUCUGGAGGUGCAGAGGGAAUAUAAAUAGUUGGUACCGAAUCUUUUUUUCAGCAGCAGCUUCUUAAAACCAGCUUUAUACUGACCCUCGUUUAUAAAGCAGUCUGGUGAAAAAUCAUUCGCGCAAACAUGAAGGCAUUGACGUUGCUCGUGGGGAAUAUUCCCAUCGUAAACAAAACUCAGCCACUGCGUCUUCAGCGGUUCAGAUUUAGGAACAUCAAAAUGACUGCUGUGUUCGUUAUUACACCGAAGAACAGAACACCACAAUCGCUUAGGCGCCAUUCUGCUCCAGUGUUUCAACAAUGAUGACGGACUAUGAUUGACAGCUCGCUCACGAGCGAGGGCGGGUCUGUGUUGAAACACUGCUGUCAAUCAACAAUCCUGGGAGGGGCGUCCGACCGUGUGACGUCACACGGUCGAACGGUUCGAUUUGAGGCAGGGGAAAAUAUAUAAGGAGAUUAAAACAAAAACACUGGAUGGAUUUUUAUCAUAAUAGGAUGGUUGUGUACAGGCACAGCCAACACACAUUUCAGUACAAUCAACUUGAAAAAGUGCAUGUACCAUUAUAUGACCCCUUUAAGUGCUUAUAUCUUCGUCUUUGAAAGGUUUCUACACUUUGAUUGGAGUACACCAGUUGCAAAUUCAAUUGAUUGGACGUGAUUUGGAAAGGCACACACCUGCCUAUAUAAGGUCUCAUGGCUGAAAAUGCAUAUCAGAGCAAAAACCAAGCCAUGAGGUCAACGGAACUGCCUGCAGAGCACAGAAAUAGGUUUGUGUCAAGGCACAGAUGUGGGGAGGGCUAAAAAAAAUGGUCAGUUCCCAAGAAUACAGUAAACUCAAUAAUUCAUAAAUGGAAGAAGUUUUGAACAACCAGGACUCUUCCUAGAGCUGGCCGCCUGGCAAAACUGAGCAAUCGGUGGAGAAGGGCCUUGGUUGAGCUCGACCCAAUUCGAACACUGCUAGUGCCUACAGUGAAUUGCUGAUGUGCCAACAGCGAUAGAGUCAUCAUAAUUAGCUCUGUAUAUAAGUGCAACAGUCUACCAUGAACUCUGAGGUUGUUCAUCGAUGGAAUAUGCAUUUUUUGAAGCGAACAGUCUGUUAUUUCAACUUCAUUGUUUAAAAAUCCUGUUUAAUAAUGGAAUUCCUGGUGAAGAACUACAAUACCUAUGACCCAGCAGAGAAAGAUGCACCAAUCAGAGAUCCUUGCCCAACAAAGCCUGCCAAACAAGUCCAGCAGCGUGCCCACUUCCAUUAAGCACUCAGCAACCUAAAAUCAAUAGUUUUUUAUAUUUCCUUCAUUUUUUGUUUGUCAUUUUCAAUUACAUCAUUAGCAAUGCAUAAUGGGAUUGUAGUUCCUAUCAUGUGCAGAACAUCAGGAACACAGUCUUGUAACUUUGUCCUUUUGUCCUAUUUUCAAAUACUUUUUUGCUUCAAAUCCAAGUUUGUAAUGUUGUGAUUCACUUCUGAGCUGGUUGGUUUGUUUCAUGGCUUAUAACUAUUUUAUGAAGGAUUUUAUGAAAAGGCUUCUGUAGAAAAUACUUCUAUAACCAAAACGACUGAAAAGGUGGGUAAGCCUAAAACUGUACAA